AUGAAUAUGGGAAUGAAGAUGCCGAAGAAAACUCUCGGAACGAUUGUGGGAGUGGGAGUGGGAAUGGGAAUGGGAAUGGGAAAAAUGAGAGGGUAUGGGCCUGGGUCUGGGAGAAUAAAGAGGGUGGGUGGCGUGAAGAUGUCAUUGAGAUUGGAAUCGAUGGUCUCUUUUCCUUCCGUUAGGUUCUCUGAGGGAUCGAGAGGAUUUCACUCUUCUUCAUAUGCUUCUUCAUCUGCUUCAUCACCAUCACCAUCAUCCCCAUCACCAACCUCGACCGGAGAAAAAUCAAACGCAAACACAAACACAAACCUCCCCUUCACAAACAAAACGAUAUUAGUAACCGGUGCAACCCGCGGGAUUGGGAAAGCAAUUGCGCAAAAAUUUGGAGAGUUGGGGGGAAAGUUGGUAUUGGUGGGGAGGAACCGGGAGGGCUUGGAGGGGGUGAGGAGAGAGAUGAUUAAGGGAAGAGGGGAGGAUGGAAAGGAAGGAGAAGAGGGGGACUGGAUGGCCGUUUGUGGUGAUGUGGGGGAAAGGGAGUUUUGGGAGGGAGAAUUUGGGAGGGGUAAGAGAGUGGCUGAGGGGAAAGGGAACUCCAAUCCCAACCCCAAACCCAAAAUCGACAUCCUCAUCAACGCCGCCGGUCUAACCCACGCCUCUCCCCUCAUAAUCACCUCCCCCUCCCUCAUCGAAAAUGUUCUCCAAACAAAUUUAAUGGGUACAAUCUGGGGAUGUAAAAUUAUCGGAAAAGAGAUGUUGAGACGGAGGGAGGGUUGUAUAAUAAACAUUUCCUCGCUCCUCGGUGUCAAAGGUGGAAGAGGUAGUGCCGCGUAUGCAGCAAGUAAAGCGGGGGUUCUUGGUCUCACCCGCGCCCUAGCCGCCGAAAUGGGUUCUGCAGGAAUCCGAGUCAACGCCAUUGUACCCGGCUAUAUCGAGACGGAUAUGACGAGGGCAAUGUCAGAUCCUGCCCGUUCAGAAGCAUUAAACUCCAUUCCUCUAUCACGUUUUGGAGAUGUAGCCGAAAUAGCCGAUGCCGCCGUCUUUUUAGCAACCAAUAAGUAUGCAAACAAUUGUGUGCUUAAUCUUGAUGGAGGAUUGAGCGCCGUAUGA